AUGACGAGAUCACCCCUUCCCGCCUUCCUUGUCUUCUUCGUUCUUCUCUUUUCUACUCUGACGGUGGCGGAGAUUAAGUCUAUCACUCUAUCCGAUGAUUCCCAGGCGGUGAUUCUGUUCCAGAAAUUCGGGUUUUCGAGGAUGGGCCAUGUAACUGUCUCAGCUUCCUCUGUAUCAGUGUCGUCUCCUUCAUAUUCUCCGACACCGGACUCGUCGAGAUUAGGGUUCAUCCUUAUAUCGGAUGAAUUGCUUCCCCAGGUAGUCCGAGAAUUUCAGCAAGACCUAUACUUGUGCAUCCUGGAUUCACACUACGUCGUCCAUCUAUUCAGUUUCCGCGAUCUCUCUCCGCCUCCUCGCUCCCAAUUCAAUCAAACCUAUCCGGUAACUCACCCAGACGAAUACUCUCUCUUCUUCGUGAAUUGCGUACCUGAAACCAAGGUCUCGAUGAAGAUCCGAACGGAGAUGUACAAUCUAGAUCGGAACGGGUCUAAGGAUUACUCCGCAGCCGGGUCAACCCAGUUACCCGCUUUGUAUUUCAUCUUCUCCCUCUGCUACUUAACCUUCCUCGGUCUCUGGGUCUAUCUCUGCCGCAACAAUAAGCAAAUCGUUCAAAGGAUUCACCUUUUUAUGGCGGCUCUGCUUCUUGCGAAAACCCUCGAUCUUAUUUGUGCCGCCGGGCUUAAACACUACGUCAAAGUCACAGGCACAUCUCAUGGCUGGAACGUUCUUUUCUACGUUUUCCGAUCCACCACAGUCGUUUUGCUCUUCACGGUGAUCGUGCUAAUCGGAACGGGCUGGUCUUUCUUGAAACCGAAGCUACAAGAAAAGAAGACGAAGAAGAAGUUGUUGAUGAUCGUAAUCCCGCUUCAGGUUUUAGCCAACAUUGCUUCGGUUGUGAUCGGAGAAACUGGACCUUUCAGCGAAUAUUGGGUGAUUUGGAACCAGAUCUUCUUGCUCGCCGAUAUAAUUUGCUGUUGUGCGAUUAUAUUCGCAAUGGUUUGGUGGAUGUGUUGUUCUUUAAGAAAGUCAUCGAAAACAGAGGCAUUGGCCAAGUUGACACGUUUUAGGGGAUUCUACGUUUUGGUCAUUGCGUAUUUGUUUUUCACGAGGAUUGGUGUGUUUGCGUUGAAGGUGAUUGCAGACUAUAAGUAUGAGUGGGUGAGCAAUGCAGCUGAGGAAAUUGCAAGUCUCGCGUUUUAUAUAUUGAUGUUUUAUAUGUUCAGACCAACGGCGAGGAAAGAGUAUUUUGGUGUUGAUGAGGAAGAAGAAGCAGCAGCAGAAAUUGCCCUUAAGGAAGAAGAGCCUGAGCUCUAA